UGUAAGCCUAGAUGUUUGACAAUGGUGUUUGGAUAGUCAAUGGAAUCACCUUUUUUCAGGCUAAGUCGAAAGACAGCCUUCUUCCUUUAAGGUUAGUUAGUUAGUCAGUGGAAUCAUGCUUGACAUUCCAAACAUUAUUGUAAACUUCUAGGCUUACAGGAAAGCGGUGCUGAACGUUCGAUGUUCACGUUUUUAUGUUUAAAACUUCGGCCUCAUCCUCGCUAUUGUUUAGGAUCUGGGGAUGGAUUAAUUCAUUUUCCAUUAUUUCUAGUGGAAAAAAUUGAUUCAAUGUCAGUCUUUGAACAAAUCAAAGUCAGAGUUUGAAUAGUUCUCUGGAAUGAAUUAAAUUUAAAGUAUGAGAUACUACUAUAAUUUCUGUUUUAAGCUUAGUUCAUACAGUGAACAAAAAGUGAAAAGAGGAACAAAUAUUGUCUCAGCAGUGAUAUCCUUUCCAACAAUUUUUCUGUUUUAUAAAUUGUGAUUGCAUUUUUUAACAUACUGAACUUUUCCAUUAGCAAAACAUAUUCACUACUAAUCAGAAUGAGGAUAAGAGAGAUUUAAGUGUGUUAGCUACAAGGAAUAUACAGUAGAGCGUUGUUUAUCCAAAACGUCAGUUAACCGAAAGCAUUCCAGUCGGCAAAUUUAAAUUUUCACUAUUGUUGUGACACUGCAAUCUUUGGCUAUGUCUUGGGCUACUCCAAUAUUUUUUUGUUUGUGUACGUGUUUUAGCUGGCAGUACUGGUAUUUUUGUGUAGUGUUUUUCUGAGGACUCUGUGUCGGGACGUGUGUUGUGCUUGUCGAAAUCCAUUUUCAUCGGGGACAUUAAUUUUGGAUCUGUGAAUUUUUUACUUGUAACAGAUUGCUCUGUAGUUGUGAUGUUUGCAAUGGCGACUAAACGUAAACGCGUUGUUCUCAGUGUUUCCGAUAAGCUUAAAAUAAUAGAUCAGUUGAAGUGUGGUGCUAGUGGAUCAAGCUUAGCUCGGAAAUAUGGAGUUGGAAAUGCCACAAUAUCGGAUGUUAAAAAGAACGGUGAUGCCAUUACAAAAUUUACUAGUGUACUUGACAGUGAAGAUGGAAGCUUACACAGAAAAACGAUAAGAAUGGCAGAAAACCAGAAUUUGGACAUUGCAGUUUAUACAUGGUUCAUGCAGAUACAGAGCCGAGGACAACCAAUAAGUGGCCCUUUGAUUUGCGAAAAAGCUCUUGAAAUGAGCAAGAAACUGGGGGGUAAUGCUGAUUUUAAAGCGACUUCCAGCUGGCCUAAGCAUUUCAAAUCUAGGGAUAGAAUUAGGGAAUUGGACAUCCAGGGUGAAAAACUGUUGGCUGAUGCUGAAUCAGCUGAAUGUUUGAAAGAGUGUUUUAAGAACAUGCUUGAUAAAAAGGAUUACAAAAAAACCAAUGUCUACAAUGCAGACGAAACUGGUUUGUAUUAAAAUAAAUUAAAAUAACUUACUGGAAUAUAAAUACUUAAAAUAAUCAAACACCUUAGUAUUUACUCAGAUGUUUGAUUAUUUUAAGUAUUUUAAAUGAGACUUUUAAAACAGAGGCUUAAAGAACAUAAGUAUUCUAUUACUAAAAAUGUGAACGGCACCGUCCUUGCAGCCUUCACUAAACAUCAAAUAUUAAUGUACAUUGGGACAAAGCAUCCAUAAUUAGGACAGCCACCAACAAACAAGUACUUAAGCAUAUUGAAAAACUUGAAAUUUACAAGGCACAUAUCAACAAAGAAUGCAUCAACCAUAGAGAUGCAGAAAGUCUAUCCUGUGCAUGGAAAUCUUUUUACCACAACUAUUAAUUUUCUUAAUACUUCAUUUAAUUUAAUUCUUU